UGCGCGCUCUCGGCUGGGACCGGGCCGCCCCUCCACCUGCGCGGGUCGGCGGCGGGUGGCCACAGCUCAGCGCCUGCGCGGCCCGAGGGCGUCCGUCACCAUGGCAGGGAGCGCCGGGGGCCCGGGUUCUUGGAGUGAAAACAUAUUGGAAUAUUUUCUGAGAAAUAAUCAGAUAACAGCAGACGAUGGCGCCCAGAUCACCUGGUCUCAUGCAGCUAACCACAAGGCUCAAAUGAAUGAGGCACUGAGAAGUACUACUCACAUGAUAGAGGCUGACGUCAUUCUUCCAAGUGAUGGAUCAGAGCACAGCCAGCCUAUUAUGGCCCAUCCCCCUGAAACAAACAGUGAUAAUACUUUACAGGAUUGGCUGGCUGAAGUUAUAAAAAGCAACAAAGGCAUCAAGUUGGAUUUUAAGAGCCUGGCAGCUGUAAAACCGUCCAUGAUGCUCUUGGAAGCUGUGAAGCAGCACCUGCACCGGCCCGUGUGGAUUAAUGCUGAUAUUCUCCCUGGUCCAAACGGCAGUAGCAGAGUGGUGGAUGCGAAACCUUUUAUCGACACGGUGACCUCCUUCUUCUCAGAUGUGACUUUUUCCCUGGGUUGGACAACAGGAUGGCAUCCUGAGAAAGUCAACGAAGGUUACAGUUGGACAAUGGUGAAGGAAAUGGAAUAUAUAUGUAGUGAACUAAAUCAGCCUGUAACAUUUCCUGUGAGAGCAGCAUUACUCAGUCAGUCUUACUCUCAGUUACUUUGGCUGCUAGAGAAAUCAAACAGGUACAGCCUGACUAUUUGGACUGGAAAAGAUGAUAAGUAUUCCAUUGAAGAUUUGCUUUACAUUAGAAGCCAUUUUGACCAAAAACAAGUUUUCUAUGACCUUUUGGAACCACAAAAUCAUGAAUUUAAAAAAGCCAUUGGAAUCAAAGUUCAUUGCUGAAGAAGAUUCUCCUAAAUUAUUUCAGAUGUUUUUAGUUUCAUAAUCCUUCUUUGCUUCCAUCUAUAUUAACUUAUAUGUAAAUGAUAAUGAUUGAUGUGCCAAUUCAUCUAAUCAAAAACACUUGAUUCUAUUUGACUUAUGUCCCUUAUAAUGCAGUAUUCUAUUUUUGGUUUGGUUUUUGGGCCACACCUGGCAAUGCUCAGGGCACUAUAAGAAAUCACUUCUGGUCGGGUUCUUGGAACCAUAUUCUCGGGUUCAUAUUCCAAUUCUAGGGUUCUGGAAUUGGGUCAGUGUUGGCUGCAUGCAAGGCCUUCAUUGCUAUACCUUCUCUCAGUCCCUUAUAAUGCAAUAUUAAAACUUUUAGAAAGGAGGAACUGGAGUGACAGCAUAAUGGGUAGGAUGACUGCCUUGCAUGCAGCUGAGCCAGGCUUGAUCCCAGCACCUCAUACGGUUCCCUGAAUCCUGCCCAGGUAAUCCCUGAGUGCAGAGCCAGGAGUAAACCUUGAGCACAGCUAGGUGUGGCCCAAAACAAAAACAAUUUGUAACUAUAUUUUUGUGGACAUAGUCUAAUAACAAAAUACCUUAGCAAUUAAUAAAAUUGAUACAUCAUAACCCUUUAAGAACAAGAUAUAUUAAAUGUAAUCAAAAGUAUCCAUGUGUUAUAGUGCAGGUAUAAGUCAAAUUUUGUUGAUACUUAUAUUACAGACAUUUCAUAAACAUGUGGUACCUACUGAAGAACUGAUUUUUUUUUCAGAGACUACAAAAGAAUGAGAGGAUUGGGUUGAGGGGCAGGAAACAUAAUCCAGCCUAGCACCACGUGGUCCUGGAGCAAAGCCUUCACUGGGUUGGAGGAGAGAGCUGGGUGUAGCCCUGAACACUGUCCUGUGCGGCCCAAAAACAAAAAGGAAAAAAAGAGAGAGAAAAAGGCAUAAAAACUGUUUAUAAAGUUUACGGAGGUGGUCUGUUUUCUCAGAGUCAAAUCCAUUUCAUUGAAAACAAUACAUGCUAACUUAGCUGGACCUAGAAUUUUCAUAUUGUUAGGAAGCAUACUGACAACAGAUACAGUUUUGAAAUUCUUUAUUUCUACAUAGUAUCUUCUCUUCUGAGCAAAAUACCCUGGGAGAGCAAAAUUUUAAUCCUUAUAAUGUCGCCUAAUUUACAAGUUUGUUACACAGCAUCACCUUUGUUCAGGUCAGGUUCUGCAACCAGAAUUUUAGAAACACCUCCUGGGGCUGGCGUUAAAAUACUUGCUUUGUAUGCUGCCAACCCCAGGUUGGUCUUCAGCACCACAUACGGUUCUCUGAGCCCCACCAAGAGUGAUCCCUGAGCACAGAGCCAGCAGUAAGCACAGCCAGGUGACACCCCCAAACAAAAUCAAAACACAUUAACAAAAAAGCACCUCUUUAUGUUAAAUGAAUGCCUCAUAUUAAGCUCAGCAUUACUAGAAAAUACUCUAUCAAGACCUUUUAUAAAGUAUUCCUUCUGUUAAAAGUGAACUGCAAUACUGCUAUAGAGAGUUGAAUUUAUAAAUAAACUGCAUUUUGAUGACAUUUGAAUUAAAAUUAUUUUUUCUGGA